AUGGCGCAGUCUAUCGUGGACCUGUGCUCAGGCCAGGCUCCGAAGGAAAAAGCCCCUGUGGAGGAUAGGAUGCAGCGUCUGAUUGGAAAGCACAGCAGUGGUUUCAAGUCACAUAUCCCCGUUGAUCGGGAUGAUGAUGGCGACCACAUUGUGCUCACCGGUGCUACUGGAUCCUUGGGUGCUCACAUUGCUGCUCAACUUGCCCAGUCGGACCGAGUAAAAAAGGUCUACUGUCUCGUGCGAGCUAACACCACAAUUGCUGCCCGCAGACGUAUAGCCCAAAGUCUCCGCACUCGCGCAUUGUUGUUUACCUUGUCACCAGCCGCGGAGCGCAAGAUUAUUGCUCUUCCUUCAAACCUGUCCAACUCUACCGACUUGGGCCUCGGCGCUGAAGUUUAUGCACAAAUCAAGAAGUCGGUUACUGCCGUGAUUCACUGCGCUUGGUCAGUGAACUUCAAUUGGGCCCUGGAAAGUUUUGAGGCACCUUGUAUUGCCGCUACUCGCAAUCUUUUGGAUCUUUGCUUGAGUGCCGAAGGUCCGCGCCCGGCUUGCUUCUCCUUCUGUUCCUCAGUUAGUACUGUCGCACGCACCCCGGUAACUGGGUUCCCGAGGCGCUUCCCGAGUCGCUGUCCUGAUGCGCAGGGCAUGGGAUACGCUCAGUCCAAGCUGGUCACGGAGAACAUUGUAAACCGAGCUGCUCGUACCACUGGUAUGACCGCGCGUGUCCUUCGUGCGGGACAGAUUGUCGCGGAUACCGCUCACGGUAUCUGGAAUGCUACCGAGGCAAUUCCAAUGAUACUCCAGACUGCUGAGACAAUCAAGGCUUUGCCGCAACUGGAUGAUGUUCUCAGCUGGACUCCAGUCGACGUCAUGGCCAGCAGUAUUAUCGAGCUCAGUCUAGCUCCCGUCGCAGACGAGGUCAUGAAUGUCACGAACCCGACGCUAAUCCACUGGACUCACGACCUACUGCCCCAGCUUAGGGAGGCUGGGUUGGAGUUUGAGCAACUCCCUAAGCAAAGCUGGUUACACCGUCUCCGAGACUCCAACCAGGAUGCCGAAGUCAACCCACCUAUCAAGCUGCUGGAUUUCUUCGCGUCGAAGUAUGACAACGAUAACCCCAGUCGAGCCUUGCUCUACGAUACGAAGAAGGCCCAGGCAGCGUCCCCGGCACUCGCUGGCGCCAAGGGUCUGGACACGGAUCUCACCUCGCGCUUCGUCAACUACUUUAGCACGGAGUGCUGGGGCAAAUCAUCGCCUCCUGCCACAUCUCGCGAUGUAUUAUUCUUGAUCGGUCCCUGUGGUUGUGGGAAGACGACCGCCGCGCAGGCCUUGGCCCAGCAACUGAAAGUCCCUGUCAUUGAGGGAGACGAUCUCCACUCCAGCCUCGCCCGCCAGAAGAUGGCUAAGAAUAUGCCCCUGCAAGACUCUGACCGCUGGGACUGGCUGGCCCACAUUCGCGGUGCAGUCAUGGAUCGCUUACAGCGCUCAGAUUCCCCCGCCUUGGCUGUGACUUGCUCAGCACUGCGCACUGUUUACCGUGACGAGCUCCGACGAUUGUCACAGCUAUUUGAUUUCCCUGUCACUGUCACCUUUUUGUUCUUGUCUGUGCCCGAUCGUGAGGAUUUGAAAGAUCGCGUGGUGGCACGGUCUGAGACCGAAAACCACUACAUGAAGUCUUCGAUGGUGGACUCACAGCUUGAUCUGAUGGAGGACCCCACUGACGAGCCGGAUGUGCUGGUGUUGGAUUCCACCCAACCAAAGGCAAAGAUGAUUGAAGACGUUGUGGACAUGGUACAGGGGAUUUUGACGUCGUGA